AAGGGUUGGAGUUUGGAUUGGGGGAGGAAACCAAAACACUGUCUUCUUCUUCCUCUGCUCUCCAUUCUUCUGUCUCCGUUUCCUUUCCAUUAGGGUUUUUUUUCCUCCUCAUUUUGUCGCAUUACUUCAAUUUCUCCUCCAUUUUCCCCCAACCACGAAUUCACGUUUUCGUCCCUUCUCUCUCUCUGCGAUUCACGGCGAUGGUGGAAGAACUGAAGGCGGACGGCGGCGGAGCCCUGGACGACGACAUUGACGACGGCAUGAGGUGCGCUUACCAUCCCUACCGGAGCAGCCAUGGCGGGAUCUGUGCUUUAUGUCUUCAAGAGAAGCUCGGGAGAUUGGUUUCUUCGUCUUCUCCGGUUCCUCUUCGAGCUUCCUCUUCCUCUUCUUCCUCCUCGUCUUUCAGAUCUGAUUUCGCCGCCGCCGCGGCCUCUGCGGCUUCGUCGGCCAAAUUUGGGGCCGCCGAUGGAGCCGGCUGCCACGAUCGUCACGCGGCGCGGAAUCGAAUCCCUUUUCUGUUGAAUAAGAAGAAGAAGAAGCCGGAGGUUGGUUUCCGGCGGAGUAAAUCGACUGCGACUCCCGGGAGAGGGAAAUUUCUUGAUCCAUACGACGGCGGGGAUUUUAUUCCCAAAAACAGGGGAUGGAUUUGGUCUCUGUUUGAUCUUUCUAAAUCCUCCAGGAAAAUCGAUCACAGUUUGCGGGAGAGUUCGAAGAUCGCGUCUCUACCGACCGCCGCGAUCGCCGUGAAGCAGAAGGAGAAGUACGCGGAAACGGCCAGAGACUCUGCCGGUGCGGCGGAGGACGACGGCGCCGACGACAGUCCGACCAGCAGUCAAGCCACUGCCUCCGUCUCGUCGUUUGAAAGGAAGGUGUCGAGAUCCAGAUCCGUCGGGUGCGGCAGCCGGAGUUUCUCCGGCGACUUCUUCGAGAGAAUCUCCACCGGCUUCGGCGACUGUACUCUACGGAGAGUGGAAUCUCACAGAGAAGGCAAACCCAAACUAACCACCGCCGUCUCCGCCGCCGUGCACGGCGGCGACGAUGAAUGCUUGAAAGAGCGGGUGAAAUGCGGCGGGAUAUUCGGCGGGUUCAUGAUCCAGACAUCGUCGUCUUCGUCUUCCGGCUCUUCAUCGUACUGGGUAUCAUCAUCCUCCGGCGAAGAGGGGAGAUUUCCGGCGGCGGCGUACGUGCAGGGGCGGAGCAAGAACAGAGGGUGGACAUUUGCCAGUCCGAUGAGGGCGUUCGUGAAGCCGCCGUUUUCUUCCUCAGAGGGAAAGAGAGAAACAUCCGAAAAGAAUUCGUCAACUCCAAGUUUGGACGCCAUUCCUUCAUUGCUGGCUGUAAGAAUCUGAACACAAAUUUAAAAAUUUUACAGUUUCAAAAAAUGAAACUGAGAAUUAAGAUGGCACUGCUUUUAAUUAAAUGUUAAUGAGAAACAGAUAUGAAAUGGAUUAUUAUUAAUUUUUUUUUUGUGGUUUAAUUUGUCAGUGGUUAUUGUAAAUCAUGUUAGAGGAGGAGGGUGGUGAGUCAAACCUUUUCAAGUGUUGCUUUGUUUGUGUAUUCGAAUAUUAUGGAGUCAUUGACUGGUAUGACCGGUGGUCGGGUUAUUUUUAUUA